UUGGUCACUCUGUUCAGCAAACUAAUACUUCUCGCAUUUAUCGGAAAUCUUCUCGUAUGUGCUGCAAUAAUAUGGGACAGAAAUUUGAGACGUCAACCAGAAAAUUUAUUUCUUGUGUCUUUGGCCAUUUCCGAUCUACUUGUCUCAGUUCUGGUAAUGGUUUUUGCUGCCGGUAGUGAUGUUCUUGGCUAUUGGCCAUUUGGACAAGCAUACUGUCAAUUUUGGGUAUCAUUUGAUAUAACAUGCAGUACGGCAUCUAUUUUUAACUUAUGCGCUAUUUCUUCUGAUCGCUAUUGGCAUAUAAGUCGCUCAAUGAGUUAUGCAAGACACUGUAGUCGUAAGCGUAUAAUAUGUAUUAUUGUGAUCGUUUGGCUGUUAUCAGCUAUUAUUGGAUCAGCUCCACUUUUGAUAGGAUUCGGAUCGAAAGUAACUAUAAGCGAAACGUCUGGUCUACCAGUAUGCGAAAUGAAAUUGCCACUCAUAUAUGCUGUUGGUAGCUCUGUUUUAUCAUUUUUUCUGCCAGCAGCAAUAAUGGUUUAUUUAUACGGAAAACUUUAUAUGUAUGCACGUCAUCAUGUAAAAAAUAUAAAAACGCAGUUGCAACAAGCAACAUCAUUUCUCAUUAUGCAGUUGACAUCUGAAAAAAUCAGAGAAGUGACGGCUGCAACUUUAAUGACGGAUGUUUCAACCAAUGCAAAUGCCACAAAUAACAAUAAGAAUGAAGAAUUGCCGAUUGUUGAAACUCGCUUCACUAGGGUCUUAAGAACUGUUGCAUCUCAUGUGCCAUGUACUUGCAUUCGUAAUCGCUUCAUAAAUAGUCCUGAUACGGAGAGUACAAUACUUCCAAAUCCAGCCAAUAAUGUCAAUGAUCAGAAAGCUCGUCUCACUCUUGGAAUCAUUAUGGGAACCUUUCUUCUUUGCUGGCUUCCAUUUUUUCUAGUGAACAUUGGUCGCUCUUGGAAUCCGUCUGCUUUCAGUUCAAAAGUUGUUCUUGCUGUCACUUGGCUUGGCUACGCUAAUUCGGCAGCUAAUCCUCUCAUAUAUAGUAUAUUCAACAGAGAUUUUCGCCGAGCAUUUAAGCGUAUUCUCACUAAUAGUUUCUCUUGCAUAAGAAAUACGGAUUUAAACUCUUCUUUAAACGAUAGUUAUCUUCCUGGACGAAAGCGAAAUGCUACUCGUGAUUGCGUUUCUGACAACGAAAACAAUAACCAGGCUCAAGCAACGCAUUUAUUGGCCAUAACAAGUGCAUAG